GUAGUCAAGCCGCAUACUCCGUUAAUUAAGUUCCCAGACAGAAAAAGUAGUCCAAGACCUAAAAUACAGGAAUCUCUACAAGCAAGUGUGCCAUCUCUCCAUGCUUCGAAAGCACAGGAGUCUGUAGGAGGCAGAUCGCUGGCCUUUCAAAAUAUUUCACCUCUUAAUAGAGUACCAGGUACACCAGACACUUCCGAAUUAGCAAGAACCUUACCUCAGAAAUACAGAAGGAAACUUGUGUCAGAUGAAGAGAUUGAGUACAUUCAA